GAGAGAGAGAGAGAUAGAGAGAGAGAGAGCCCCAGGACCAGGUUGUUCGUGUUUGUUUGUCUGAAGUGGUAGUCGGAAGUGGAAGUGUCUAAGUGGAAGUGUAUAUAUUUUGAGGGGGUUCUUACUUCGCUGUAAUCUACGUUUUUACCAGCAUGUUCGUGGAGAAGAAUACCCUUAGCUGUGUUACAGUUCUUGGUUUGUUGUCGUUGCUGCUCCUUUACUUCAGGGAUAGGAUACUAGUACCGGAUCUGGCGGGGUGGCAACAAUCAGAAAAUUUCCUCAACAUAAAAAUUCACAACAAACAAGUAACGGUUGAGAAAGUAGAGAAAGAGCAGGCUAAUUUAGGGUUCUUCUAUUCUACCACCCCGAGCUCAGCUGUACCUUCUACUACUCCUAAUUCAGCACAUGCGGGGAUUGAAACAGAUAAUGAUGCCUGGAACAGCGCAGUUGAAGCAAGAAAUCAGAGUUAUAAAGGUCCGCUCUCUUUAGAAAUGGAGGUUAUCAUAGAGUCGGCUAAAGGUAUCCAUGUAAAACUUGACGAUAGACUAAAGAGGGUGAUAUCUUCCAUUGAUCAGAGAAUUGGUGUAGCGCCCAGUCAGGCAAGUCUACAAGAGCACAUUUCACAACAGUGUAAAACAUUAGGACUUGACGACACAGAGACAGAGGUUAAACCUAGGCUAGCUUACUAUAACACACAACACAAGCUCAUCUACGUGGCUAACCCUAAAUGUGGCAGCACCUCCUUUAAGAAGUUCAUGCUGAAACUAGGAGGAGAUAAUAGAGAUUACUCCGAGAUGGCGGACGUGCACAACGAGGAGAAGCAUCCAAUUUUAAAAAACCUGUGGGAAGAACCGCUGGAGUUCCAAGAGGAAGCUCUGAGAACCUACUACAAAGUAACAUUCGUCAGAAACCCUUUAGUUCGUCUUGUGAGCGGGUACAGGAACAAAAUAGUCCGGAUUCCUCAGGGGGCUUACGCGGCCCAUAUACAGGAGAUUAUUGCUCACAACUACGGAGCGGAUAAGGCCCUGAGCUGGUUUGCAAGGAAACCUUAUCGUCCCUCAUUCGAACAGUUUGUAGAGUACCUUAUCUACACGGGAAACGCUAGAGAGAACUACCAUUGGGCUCCGUAUGCAGACUAUAUAGGGCUAUGUGGCUCAACAGUUAAGUACGAUCUUAUCGCACAGCUCGAAACAGCUCAUCAACAUAUAGAGGAGAUGAAGGAGAUGGUACCGAGUUUAAAGGAUAUUCCCUUUCCGCCGAGUAGAACUGAGAAAGCAGUGGAUGAGUACAGCUCUGAGGAAGUGACAGCCCUGGCUUUCUCAAACCUGACAGAAACACUGAAAACAGGCGUUUAUAAGCUCUACGAGAAAGAAAUUAAAUUGUUGGGCUAUUCACUGAUGGACGAUCAAAACUUUCCCUUUCUCACAUCAGCAACUGUUCAUUUAGAGGAUGUAUAAUUAGUAUAAUUUAUUAAAGCAUUCAAUUUUAUUUUUUAAAUGUACCAUUAAAAGUAACAUGAUCAUUGUUGUGAAGGUAUUUUAGAAGGAUUUUAAUGUAAUUAAUAAUUUAUUCGAGCGUGCUAAAUCAAGCUCUAUAACAGUCGAUCUUCGAGAUUGUUCUAAAAGGGCCCCCGACAAUUAAAACCACCUCGAAUUGAUGUAUUUCGGACGCUGAUUCCGAAUCACCCCCAAUCCCCAUGACAUAGGGUUAAAAUGCUCCCCAUGCGAGAUCUUGGCGAAAAACUGUAUCGAUCACGUGAUAUGACCGUAUAAGGAAGUUAGUCUAAUUUCUCGUUAGGGUAAAAGACUAGCAAGCUAGGUAAAUGUCAAAGACGUACUGUGAUGAACACUGUAUCUUAAACUUAUUAUUUAAAUGCUGCAUUGGGAUACUUGUUCAUUGACGAUUUUUAGUUGUCUAAGAUUUUGAAAUCGAAUGAAAAAUAGAAAGGGCGAAUGUAUCAUGCAAAAUAGUUUUAAAAUCUAACACUUAUUUUAUAGGAUUUUUAUUCAUAACACAAUGAUAUAGUCACUGAAACAUUUGAACAUGCAGUUUAACAAGUUAUGAUCUUUGUAGCUCAAACAUCAAAGGAUACAUCCAAAAAUUUGCAUAUUGUAGCCAAUAAUACACUUAAAUAUACUGUACUAAAGUAAGUUAGAUAUUGUAAGUAAGUUAUACCAA